UCUACUGACUCCUCUAGUCUUUACAAUUGUCAUUUUCAUUAUAAUUGUUUAAUUAGCAAAAUUGAAAAAAAAAUCUAAUUUACCUCUAAACCUCUUAACAAAAAACUAAAAAAAAAAUGAUUCCAUGGGAGUGGAUAAGUAUUGGAAACUGCUUGUUCUCUGUCGUCGCCUGUGUGUUUUUAACUAUUUCAUAUGUUGCAAGUCUGUAUGUGUGGAGAACAAAAGAAAACAGAGACCAUCCAAGUACUAUUAAAAGAAGAUUCUUCAGUGUAUUUAUUAUGAUGAUGCUUGCCCCCUUAUUUACAUACUAUUUCCUUAAUAAACCAUUGGACAUAAGAGAAAUGUAUGAAAAAAUGGGUUUGAGAGAAGAGGGAUUUGUUCAAGCCCUAAUAUUACCAUUAUUACUGACAGUUAUUUUAUUCUUAGGACCACUGUCUAUGCAAUUAUUUUCUGGAGCAUGGAGAAUUUACAUUGAACCGAUGUAUUGGAUAUCAUGUUGGCAAGAUUUAGUUUGGGUUAGAAACCAUAUUAUGGCACCAUUAAGUGAAGAAUGGGUCUUUAGAGCAUGCAUGAUGCCUUUGUUACUACAAUGUUUGAAUCCAAUGUCAGCGGUUUUUAUUGGACCUUUACUAUUUGGGAUUGCUCAUUUUCAUCAUGUAUUUGAACAAAUUAAGGCUGGAUAUGAAAUUAAGACGGCAUUAAUUGUUUCUACUUUUCAAUUUACAUACACUACAAUGUUUGGUGCUUAUUCAUCAUUUUUGUUCUUGAGAAGCGGUCAUUUUAUUGCACCAUUAAUGGCCCAUAUUUUCUGCAAUCACAUGGGUUUCCCAAACUUCAGUGACGUUGCUCUGUUUCCUCCCAUAGAGCGUUUUGUUAUUGUCUGUAAUUAUCUAUUAGGAUUUGGACUGUGGUGCUACCUCUUAAAUCCAAUGACUAGUCCUGAUCUGUAUUAUAAUAAACUAAAUUUUGUUACCUGAGACAAUCUAGGUACUAAGAACAAUCUUAUUGAUAUGAACUAAUUUAAUGUUUGCGUUAUGGUGGAAGUUCCCAAGUCUGCUUUUUGCAAUAAUUAGUAAAUUGGGCAUUCAGAUGCUACUCAUGAUAAAAAAAAACUUGAUUUGCUAGCCGUUAUUUAUGAUUUAGAUGAUGUGUUUUUACUUUGGUCCAAAACAUGAAAUUUCAAGUUUUACAUAUGUUUGAUGCUACUUAAUAAGCUCUCAUAUUCACUAGAUGGUGAUGUGUGCAUUGUAUAACAUGUUAUUAAUUGACUUUGAUAUUACAAUGAUAUAAACAUUGAUUUUAAGCCAACUGAUACAGGGCAUAUUGUGACGGGGUAAAUUGGGCGUUGUUAAGUUUGAGUAUGCAAUACACAAAAUGUGCAUAGAUUAUUUUUUAUACCUGAUUUCUUGCUCAGUCCAACAAUUAAAAAUAGAGACAAUUGUUUGGAUUCUUUCAGGUUAAUAAAACUAUACCUUUAGCUUUAUGGUAGUUUAAAGUA